UCCUGUUCAGUCUUCAGUCACUCGUCACCGACAACAAACAUGGCCAUCCGCAGAAAAGACAGCUUCCUCUGGGGGAAAGCUCCGGCAGCACCCAGGCAGGGUGAAGCAAUCAAGAUCCACAAGUUUGAGCUCCAGGACGACAUCCAGAAGCUGCGGAUGGAGAUUGACCACGUCAUCCAUGACCCUGAGCAGGACGAGCAGAAUAAAGCUGUCGUGAGGAACAGAAGAUUCUUACAUGGAAAAAAGAAAUUCAACAUGGACCCCAGAAAGGGUGUCCAUUACCUGGUGGAACACGACCUGCUGGAAUGGCGAGCAGAUUCAGUGGCAGAGUUUCUUUACAAAGAGGAGGGACUGAGCAAGACCGCCAUCGGGGAUUUUUUGGGAGAAAGGGAUGAAAUGCACCUGGAGAUCCUGAAGUCCUUCGUGGGCCUGCAUGAAUUCUCAGACCUGAAUCUGGUUCAGGCGCUCAGGCAGUUUCUGUGGAGCUUCCGCCUCCCUGGAGAGGCUCAGAAGAUUGAUAGGAUGAUGGAGGCGUUUGCAACUCGUUACUGUGACUGUAACCCCGGGGUCUUCCAGUCCACAGAUACUUGCUAUAUCCUGUCUUUCGCCGUCAUCAUGCUGAACACGAGCCUCCACAACCCCAACGUGAAAGACAAACCCAGUCAGCAGAGGUUUGUCUCCAUGAACAGAGGCAUCAAUCACGGAGAGGACUUGUCCAUCGAGCUGCUGACGAAACUGUACACGAGCAUUCGCAGCGAGCCGUUCAAAAUCCCGGAGGACGACGGGAACGACUUGACACUAACGUUUUUUAACCCGGACAGAGAAGGUUGGCUCCUAAAAAUGGGUGGACGAGUUAAAACCUGGAAAAGGAGGUGGUUCAUUCUGACAGACAGCUGCUUGUACUACUUCAAAUACACCACAGAUCAAGACCCAGUUGGGAUUAUUCCCCUGGAGAAUCUGAGCGUCAGGAAAUCACAAGACACAAGCAAACCGUACUGUCUGGAGUUAUACAACCCCAAGGGACAAAAGAUCAAAGCCUGCAAAACUGAGAACAAAGGCCGCGUGGUGCAGGGCAAACACCAGUCCUACAAGCUGAGCGCCGCCAGUGCAGACGAGCGGGACCGCUGGAUCGAUUCCAUCAGGGCGAGCGUCACAAAAGACCCGUUUUACGACUUGGUGUCGGUACGGAAGAGAAAGAUCAUCAGCAACACCUAUAUGUAGCACUGAAAGAGCAGACUCCACAUCAAGACCUGUGUCUGGAUCCCGGGUAUGUCGUCUGGGGUGAGAUCAUCCAGAGCUUCUGAGAAACUGUCCAUAGAAAGAUGCGGCAGGUCCUGCAGAAUUGCUGUGAUGGCUACAAUCAUACAAAAAAAAAAAAAACAUGUGGCACCUUUUUUAAGCUUGCUGGGG